AAUACGCUCUACUCGGGAACAGUUCCCCAAAUAAACACAAGCACUUCAGCGCCCCCCAGCAAAAAAGCAUGCAAAAUGAGCAAACGCAAACAAAUAGUGUACUCGGUUCAAUAAAUUGAAAGUUUUAAUAAUGCAAAAGUUUUGCAUUAUAAUUAUAAAAUAGGUGUGAAAAACCACAAUUAAGUGCCAUUUACUGAGUGGGUCGUUGCGGGCUCGUUUUGUGUGUGUGUGUGUUUGUCUGUAAGCCUGUGCAUCGCACAACACAUAAGAAAACUCUGCAACUGCAACUGCAACAGAACCGAAAUCUGAUAUUCAGACAUAUACAAACGGAAAGUGACCGCACGUGGAACAGAAGCAGACAGUCUGACAACUGUCACAGGCAUAAGCCAUCACCUCCUCCAUGCUCAUCGGCCGCUGUCGCGAUUGCAUUGAGGUUUGUUCUGUGACCCCCGCUGGACAUAAUCGUUCAAUGACAGCAGCCACAGUCGCUGCUUCUGCCUCUGCCGCGGCGCCGUCGUUUUCGUCGUCGUCGCCGUCCGUUGUAAGCAACGGGCGCAGUUAACGCCCAACAGCUGCACAAGCGUUUGUUAGUCCUGUCCCAAGCAGCGGGCCAGUUAUAGCCAAAUAGUGCACUUCUCUGUCAGCGAUACAGCAAGUCCAAGACUAGUUUCAAACAACCAGCUAAAAGCCAAGCCAAACCACACGCCGAACACUCGACGCUUGUAACAGUCGCAAUAGCAUCCGCAGCAGAAGCAACAUCACCACAGAACGAGAGAUAGCAACAAGCGGCAGCAACUAUAUUUAUUUUUGCAAUAACUGAAGCCAAAUCAGAGCAACAAUGGUGAAAACCUUUCAAGCCUACUUACCGUCCACAAAUCGGACCUACUCAUGUGUUCAUUGUCGAGCGCAUCUCGCUUCGCACGACGAGCUCAUCUCAAAGUCAUUUCAGGGCAGCCAGGGACCGGCGUAUCUGUUUAAUUCAGUGGUGAAUGUAGCCUGUGGCCAGACGGAGGAGCGUGUCUUGUUGACUGGAUUGCAUGCGGUCGCUGAUAUUUACUGCGAGUGUUGCAAGACCCCCCUGGGCUGGAAAUAUGAGCAUGCAUACGAGUCCAGUCAAAAGUACAAGGAGGGUAAAUUUAUCAUUGAGCUGGCGCAUAUGAUCAAGGAGAAUGGCUGGGAUUGAACGUUGGCGCUGUAUGUGGAGGCAGAGGCUUGGCAGCCCGGGCGGCUUGGGAUCUGUUAAUAGGCGGCAGGCAACAGUAACAGUAACGGUGACGUGUACGGCAACGAAAGCUGAUGGCAGUGCAAGCGAGUGCAAGCGAAAUGACGUUGUGUGAACCAUGAAACAAUCAAGAGCAAGAGCGAGUGCGUGUGCAAGUGCAAGCGAGAAGGCGGCAGGCGAGCGACGUUUAAUCGGUCUAGUAAGUCGAGUCAACUUGAGAGUUUGAGAGUUCGAGAGUUUUAGGGUACCACACAAUAUAUAUGCUAUUAUAUAGUACAUAACUCGUCGUAUUUUAUAGAACAUACAAACAAACACACGGACACAUACACAUAAAACACGCCUCACAAAAUCUACAAAUUUCCAUAAGCAUACAGCUUCAAAAUGGCCGAAGCUGGAGAUAUGUAUCUUUGCGAUGGCCGCAGCAGAGGAUGCGACUUGAACUAACAAUAUCUGUUAACAAGUUGCAUAGUUCACUAAUUUAAAGCUUUGUUGCUGCUUCGCUUAUCAUUUUGUUUUAAAAUGUUUGCAUAUUUUGUGUUUUUAUAAUUAGGUUUUCUAAAUGUCAUUUGCAAGUAAACGAUCUUAUUUGUGUUCGAUAUUCAAAACAUGGAUGUGUAUGUCAGACAAGUUUCAGAAAUUUUUGGAGAUUCCGAAGAGAGUUGCUUUUGAAAACAAGCAUUCAGAUCGUCGGUGUUCCGAUUUUGGUGUUCUGAUUGUCGAUGUAACGAAAAUGGACUCUCAUAAAUUGUAUUUUCAAUUGCAACAAAAUUUUUCAUUUCAAGUUUUAUAUAAAUAAAUACAACAAACUCAUUCACAUUUAAAUGCAUUGGUUGCUUGGUUUUAGGAACACCUAAUAUCUCUUUUGUGUUGCUUUUGCGCCGUUAAAUAUUGGUCUUGAUUUCAUUUUGCAGUUUGAGUUUUUUCUACUUUUUUGUUGCUAUCAACACAAAGUAAAAACACAAAAAACUUGCACUGCCAAUUAACAAGAAAUAAUAUGAAUUUUUGCAACACAUGCAAAAGCAAUAGAAAUAGUAAAAAGCUACAAAUACAAUGCGCACGGCAUGCAAA